AUGGCUGACGUACGGGAUGCGGGUCAUAUUGAUGGAGGAUCGUCGUCCUCGUUGAAUAAUGUCAUGAUCAAACCGGAGAGUAAUGUGACGACCGACCGGGAGAGCUCGACGUCGAAUAAAAGAUCGAGGAGUAGCAGAGAUGCCGCUGCGAUGAAGAGAAGAUGUGUUUCAACAGCUUGUGUCGCAUGUAGGAAGCGCAAAUCCAAAUGCGAUGGAAACACACCAAGUUGCGCAGCUUGCUCGAGUGUAUAUGGGACUGAAUGUGUAUACGAUCCCUUAUCAGACCAUAGAAGAAAAGGCGUAUAUAAAGAAAAGAUCGAUAGUCUGAAGACUCGCCAUUCCACUCUACAAACAUUGAUACAAGCGAUAUUGAAUGCCGCAGAGGAAGAUGUGCCAAAUCUGGUCCGCCAAAUUCGGACGUGUGAAAGUCUCGAUGAUGUAGCAGAAAGUAUCUUGAAACAAGACCAAGCAUUCGAAGACGAUGAUGAUGAUAUGGACGACAACAUGGCAUGUACGUCAUCUGGUUUACCGACUUUCGAGACUCAAUUAUCGGGAAAGAUGGGUGAAUUGAGAUUAGAGAACGGUUCGGUAAGGUUCUUGGGAGGCACCUCGAAUUUGAUUUAUCUCGAUGCAGCAAGUGUUGAGCAUGGGGAUGCUUUGGAAACGACGCAACAAGAUGAACCUCUCCUGUCAUGGACGACAGUCACAAGUGAUACAGAGGUUAUCGUUCAUUUGAUCAAUAUGUAUUUUACAUGGCAUUAUCCAUAUUUUACGACAUUAAGUAAAACGCUUUUUUAUAAAGACUUCCUUUUGGGAAAACCUCCAGUGACGCCAAAAAGAACAAUGUACUGUUCAUCGUUAUUGGUUAAUGCUAUGCUGGCUUUGGGGUGUCAUUUUACAAAUUCUCCCCAAGCUUGUGCAGAUCCAGGUGAUACCGCAACUAAAGGCGAUCAUUAUUUUGCGGAAGCGAAAAGACUAUUUAUUGAAAAUGAAGAGUUUGAAAAACCAAGAUUGACUACGAUACAAGCUCUGUGUUUGAUGUCAGUUCGUGAAGCAGGUGCAGGCCGAGAAGGAAAGGGCUGGGUCUACUCUGGAAUGGCAUUCCGAAUGGCUCAAGAUAUGGGUCUCAAUCUGGAUUCCGGAAUCAAUAAAAACAGUCCAAAGGAAUUUACCGUUGAUGAAGACGAAAUCGAUGUUAGAAGAGUGACAUUUUGGGGCUGCUUUCUCUUUGACAAAUGCUUUUCGAAUUAUUUGGGAAGACUACCUCUGUUGUCAGUAACUGACAUUACCGUCCCAAAAUAUGACGUUAAAAAAUUCGAUGAUGAAAUUUGGUCACCUUACACAGAUAAUGGAAUCGGUCAAUUGAAUUCCCAACCAUCAAGGACAAGAGCUGUAGCUUUACAGAUUUCGAGCCUGUGUGAGAUUAGUAGUGAUCUUCUAACAUUUUUUUAUCAUCCACAAAAUGUUGAAAGGGGUGUUGGAAGAUCACAGGAGUUGAAAAAGCUUAGCGAAUUACAAACAAGACUCGAGGCUUGGAAAAGAGAUUUACCCAAAGAGUUUGAACCAAAGGAAGGACAAUUACCUAAUGUCCUUCUCAUGCACAUGUUUUUCCAUCUUUUAUACAUCCACCUGUUUCGGCCCUUCCUCAAAUACAAUCCAAGCACAUCGCCUUUACCGACACAUGUAUCUCCUCGGAAACUUUGCACACAAGCUGCUGGUUCGAUAUCCAAAUUAAUGCGUCUCUACAAGCGUAUAUAUGGACUUCGGCAAAUUUGCAAUAUAGCAGUUUAUAUUGUUCACUCUGCUUGUACAAUUCACCUCCUGAAUCUUCCGGAAAAGACAGCGAAGAGAGAUAUAAUUCACGGUGUCAAACAUCUCGAGGAAAUUGCCGAUGAUUGGCUUUGUGCACGCCGUACUCUUUCAAUCCUCUCUGUGCUUGCUCGAAAAUGGAAUAUCCAUCUUCCUACAGAAGCGUCUGCUGUAUUCUCUCGAACUGAUAGCAGGUUUGGGUAUUUCUCGACAGCCGAUGUUCCAACGCCGAAAUCAGAGGUAAUAGUGACUACACCAUCAUCAUCAUCAUCACCUACUCACUUCCAGACUCCUGUAAAUUCCCAACCGCUCCUUACAAGAAGUCAAACUCAGUUACAACAGAGCUUGUAUAGCUAUCCUCUCGAUUCAGAGAUUUCAAUUACGAAUAGUUUGAUAAGUGAUUCAACAACGCAGUCUUCGCUGCCUAGACUCCAAAAUGUUGUCUCGCCACCAUCCGAUCACACAGAUUCCAUCUCAUAUUCUACGACAAAUCCCCUUCACAUGGCACCUGUCUCUGCAUAUCCUCUCUCCCGUACAAUUUAUACCAACCCGGCUCAAUCUUUUGCUCCUAGUAUCACGAAUGCUACUUCUACGGCUAAUAGUAGCCCAUUGACUAGUGGGAAUAGAAGUGCAAAUAGAUAUGUCAGUCCUAGUACACUGUUUGGUGGAGUGGAACAGUUAGUUCAAAGCCAGGAUUGGUGGUUGCGGGAUCAAGCGAGCUUAGUAGUUGGGUUUGAGAAUUGGAUGGGUGGAGGUGUUGGUAUUGGUACUGGGCGGCACAGUCAUAGCUUGAGUGGUGAUCUAGGUACCGGGAUAGGCAACCCAUUCUAUGAUAAUGGCAAUUCCAAUCCUGGGAAUGGAGGUGGUAACACAGGUGCAGGCGGUGGUGAGGGCAUUAAUAGAGGGUUUGGGGACGACGACUGGUUCUCAUAA